AUGAAAUGCAUAGAGGAAUAUGCAUUCGAUAAAGACAAGUAUGCGGGAAGGAUGCUGAAGGACAUAUUGAGGGAAGACUACUGCUUUGAUCUUGAGAAGGAGGAGAAGUCACUCUUUGUACUGAGAGAAGGGUUUUUGUGGUAUGAAGGACGCAGGGUUGUGGAGGUUGGUGCCCCCGGGCAUAUCCAUGGAAACAGACUGUUUAUGGUGGAGGACAGACUUAAGGUUUAUGAGCUUCCGAGCGUGCCCUCAUGCUUUUGUAAUGGAUCCAUAACUGAGAGAAACAAGUGUGUGUACAUGGAAAGAGAUGGGAGAAGAUGCUGUCUUCCCUCGGGAUCUCUGCCCGGAUUCCUAGAUGGAGGAUUUUCAAAAGACAAGGCGUGGAUAUGGAGUCUGGAGUCGAAGGAUGGUAGGGAGUAUCUGAGCAGGAAUACCUACUUACUAAAGAAUGAAGAGGCGAUUGAGCUUGGGAAGAAGAUAUAUAGGGAGAAUGGAAAAGCGGUUCUAAAAGUGCAAGACAUCCUUGUAAGGAAGUAUGCCGAGAUUCUGAGUCCUACAAAGGUAUGGAGUAAGACAAUGGGAGAUGAGAUGGCUAUGAUAGCUGUGACUUCCAGUACUGUGUAUGUGGAGUAUGGUGGGUACAUCUGCUCGAAACCGUGUUUUAAAGGUAUCUAUGGGACGGAUGGAUGCAAGCUGCUUGGGCUGUCUUCUUGGGUGGAUAUAUCUGAUCUGUAUCUGACACUUCGAUUGUUUACAGACAUUGAGAUAGACUCGAGAGUGAUGGAAAGGAUUGAGGAGUAUCUCUUCAAGCUGUUUGUGUUUACCGACAGAGGAGAAUGGAUGGUCAGGUGGCUGUUAGAGUCUGGAAUGAGCAGGGAGAAGGAGAUGGUUAUUUGUAGGCUGUAUAGGAAGGUGGACGAUGAGGGAAAAGGAAAGCUAAGGCCGUGGAUAGAGAGGAUAUCGAGCCUGGAUGCUUUGAAACUUGUAAUAAUAUACUUUCCGGAGGAGAUGGAGAGGUAUAUCAAGAUGUGCAUAGAGGAGGAGAGAGAGUAUGAGAUAGAGGAGAUUAUUGAGCACUACAGGGGAAGUGGGAUGAUUGAGGAGAUAUGCAAAAUACUACUAAGGAAGAACUGUCUUUAUCUUUUCAGUCUAUGCAUGCGUGAGCAUGAGGGAGAGUUUGGAAAUGUGGCUCUGGUUGAGAGGUACAAUAUGGAAAGCCAGAGGAAUAAGUGGAAGGCUCGAAGGAUGGAGGAGGAUUUGAUUGAAGAAAAGUUUGCCCUGGGAUUGACUAGAGAGGAAUUUAUUAGAUGA